CCGCAAUCUCUCUGAUGCUGCCACCAAACAGGAGGGCAUGGAGGGACUUCUGGGAACCCUGGUCGGGCUGCUGGGCUCUGAUGACAUCAACGUGGUGACCUGUGCCGCCGGCAUCCUCUCCAACCUCACCUGCAACAACUACAAGAACAAGAUGAUGGUCUGCCAGGUCGGCGGGAUCGAGGCUCUGGUGCGGACGGUCCUGCGUGCCGGAGAUCGCGAGGAUAUCACGGAACCCGCAGUGUGUGCCCUGCGUCACCUCACCUCCCGCCACACCGACGCCGAGAUGGCCCAGAAUGCUGUGCGCUUGCACUACGGCCUCCCCGUAGUGGUCAAACUCCUGCACCCGCCUUCACACUGGCCCCUGAUCAAGGCCACGGUGGGGUUGAUCCGGAACCUGGCGCUGUGCCCGGCCAACCACGCCCCGCUGCGGGAGCAGGGCGCCAUUCCACGCCUGGUGCAGCUGCUGGUCAGGGCACACCAGGACACCCAGAGGCGCACCUCCAUGGGCGGCAACCAGCAGCAGUUUGUGGAGGGUGUGCGUAUGGAGGAGAUUGUUGAAGGCUGCACUGGAGCUCUGCACAUUCUGGCCAGGGAUGUACACAACAGAAUAGUCAUCAGGGGACUCAACACCAUUCCACUCUUCGUACAGCUGCUGUACUCUCCCAUUGAGAACAUUCAGCGCGUGGCGGCGGGCGUGCUGUGUGAGCUGGCCCAGGACAAAGAGGCGGCAGAGGCCAUCGAGGCCGAGGGAGCCACCGCCCCCCUCACAGAGCUGCUGCACUCCAGGAACGAGGGCGUCGCCACCUAUGCGGCUGCCGUGCUGUUCCGCAUGUCUGAAGACAAGCCCCAGGACUACAAGAAGAGGCUCUCCGUGGAGCUCACUAGCUCCCUCUUCAGGACAGAACCCAUGACCUGGAACGAGACUGGUGACAUGACCCUGGAGAUGGGGGCACAGGGGGAUCCCCUGGCUUACAGACCAGACGACCCCAGCUACCGCGGCUACCACGGAGGCUACGGCCAGGACAGUCUGGGCAUCGACUCCAUGCUGGAGCAUGAGAUGGGCCCACACUCGGGCGACUACCCCGUAGACGGGCUGCCCGACCUCAGCCACAACCCGGAGCUCAUGGAUGGCCUGCCGCCCCCAGACUCCAACCAGCUGGCGUGGUUUGACACGGACCUUUAAAAACCCACUGGAGAGGAGUCAUACAGCUGGAUAAUCAGAGUGAAUCUGCCGUGUGCUUUUGAAGAGUUUGAAGUUCAGAAUAGUCGAAGAAGGUUUGAUGAGGGGAGGUUGGCGGAUCAGAAAGUGCCUGACACACAUUGUACUCAACGCAUCCGGAGGACGGUUGCUGCUGGACAUACCAGAAGAAGAAGAAUAAUAUCGCUUUUGUCCUGGCAAAUUGAGAAAGGGGCGGGGGGGGGGAAAGGGAUCUUUGGAGCGGUUGCCAAAUGGAUGAGUGCCAACAGAUGGAUAUAAAGAUGGAUUUAUAAACAUUUUAAUCUUGCCUGAUCUUUAUUUUUAUGUCUUCGUUUUUUCUUUUCCUCAUAUCUUUUCCAUUCUUUUUUUAACAACUUUUUAACGACAACCCAUGAUAACUCUCCUAGUCCUCUAGCCUUUUCUUCCUUCCUUCCUUCCUUUUUAUUUCAAGUAUAAUUUUUUGUAUUUCCUUCUUUUCUGUUCUUUUUUUUUUUUCCAAUCAAAUUAUAUGACUACUUGCUUUUUCUUACUCGUUAUCACGUACCAGUAUAGAACACUAACAUCAGUUUCCUGUAUGCUGACUUUAAAAAAAAUGUGUAAUUACGUGUAGCUUUUUUUAUAAAGAUGCAAUAAGUGUUGAAGAAUGUUGAUGAGUCAUUCUGCUUACUAUUGGAGUCAGUCAGAGACGAGCACGUCUCAUGUCACCAUUGUCUAUGGGGCUUGGGGUAAGGACGGGUAGGUACACUUAUGGGGUAAAGGGGGAAAAGUUAUUCUUUUAUAUUCAAUGAGGUAGACUAUCUAUCUACUGAUGCAACGUUGUUGUAGCCUGUUCAACGUUACCGUGCCGACAGUGGUUCCAGUGACACGGCGUAACAAUAAAAACACUUUUAUUCCAGA